AUGAACAACUACAAGGUGGUGUCUCGGAUCGGCGAGGGCGCUCACGGCGUGGUGCUGCGCGCCGAGUCGCUGCUCACCGGCGACGUGGUCGCCCUGAAGAAGGUGGCGCUGAAGCGACUGGAGGACGGCCUGCCGCUGACCAUGCUGCGCGAGAUCAAAACCCUGCAGCAGCUCGAGUCCCGCCACGUGGUCCGCCUGCUGGACGUGUUUCCCCAGGGACCCGGCUUCGUGCUGGUGUUCGAGCACAUGGUGACCGAUCUGGCGGAGAUCAUCCGGGACGCCGACCGGCCGCUGCCCGCGCCGCACGUUAAGAACUACAUGCAGGCGCUGCUGCGCGGCACAGGCUACCUGCACUGCCGCGGGAUCGUCCACCGUGACCUGAAGCCAGCUAACCUACUCAUCAGCGCGGCGGGCGUCCUCAAGCUGGCCGACUUCGGCCUGAGUCGGGUGCUGGACCGGGGUCGGUUGUACUCGCACCAGGUAGCCACGCGCUGGUACCGGGCGCCUGAACUCCUCUACGGCGCGCGGCAGUACGACCAGGGCGUCGACCUGUGGGCGGUCGGCUGCAUCUUCGGCGAGCUGCUUAACCGGUCGCCCAUCUUCCGCGGCGAGAACGACAUCGACCAGCUGCUGGUGGUGCUGCGUACGCUCGGUUCGCCCACCGAGGAGAGCUGGCCAGGCAUGUCGCAGCUGCCCGACUUCAACAAGAUCCCGUUCCCCGAGUUCCGCUCGCCCGGCGUGGACGUGCUGUUCCCGGAGGCGGCGCCGGAGGCGGUGGAGCUGGCGCGUCGCCUUCUCGUCUACCGUUCAGACCGGCGCCUGGCGGCGCGUCAGGCCCUCCAGCAGCCCUACUUCCAGUCUCCUCCGGCCCCGGCGACGGAGGAUGAGAUGCCGCGGCCGGCGGGCCGCCUGCCGGCGCACCUGCAGCCGCACCAGCUGGAGCCGCCUCCGCUGGAGGAGAUUCUGAGCCAAUUCCACCGGCAGAUGGAGGCCAUCCGGAGGGCGGCGGACCAGCCCGACUGGUGA